CACAUAUAGACCCCGGAUAAAAAGGAGAACAUAUGUUAAAGUGAAUGAAUUAUUGAUAAAAUUUUAUGCUAACUUUAUAAGAUUCCAAUUCCCUUUCUUUAGGGAUAGAAUUAGCUAGAAACACAACAUUAAUAUUUAAUACUCAUAGGUACAUUUGAUAGUGUUUUGGGAUUAAUAUACAAUGAAUGAUUGGGCUCCUCCUCUCAUAGCUGCAGCUCUAUUUUGGCUAUUAUCACCAGGAAUGAUUUUUCAGCUUCCAGGAAAGAAUUCACCAUUGGAGUUUAUGAACAUGAAGACAACUAUUGCAUCAAUUUUUGUACAUGCUGUUAUUUAUGGUUUGCUUCUCAUGUUGUUCUUUGUUGUUCUUAAUUUCCAUCUUUAUAUCACUUGAAGUACUAGAUCAAAUGAUAAUAAUAAUAUUAUACUACUAUGUUA